AUGCUCAUGCAAGUGGAAGACGAAGUCGGCCCGGAAAAGGCGAAAAAGCUCGAAGAGACGAUUGUGAUUCUCCGCAAGACUGAACUCAGAUACGCCAAGAGGUGUACAUGGGCGUUCUGCGGGUUCUUUCUUCAACUAGCUUUGACCAUUGUCAUUGCGGAGGUCGAUAGAUGAGAUUUUGUAUGACUAUUUUUGGGCUUUUGGGAUGUAUGUGUUGUGCG